AUGCCGACUUCCUCCACCUCCUUGACGGCGAACAGCGCGUACCCGGAGGCAUGCUCGAACAGAACGUGCAUGAUGACCUGUGGAGGCACGAGGAGACUAUGAGCACAACACCACGGAGGAGCGACACCAAAGUCCGACCCGCGUCGCCUUCACGCUAAAUGAAGGACAAGGAAGAACUGGAGAAAGGCUGACUGAUCAAAAGGAGCCGGGCGAGAGCACUCCAAGGAGGCUGUAGAGCAGCGGAUGUGAGCGAGGACUGUAAAGAGCGCGGAGGCGGCGAUAUAAAGGCUGGUGGGACGGCAGGAGGGUCACACCAGUGGACAUCAGCUCAACCUAAAACCUUCACACGCAAAGUGACGCUGAACCAACAUAUCACAGGAUCAUGAGCAUGCGUGGAGUGUUGGCUAUGUGUGUGGUUCUCACAUGCCUGGUGGCGACGAUGGUGGAGAGGACAGAAGGUCACAUCACCUUUUUCAGCCCAAAGGAAAUAAUGCAGAUGCAGCUGAAGGAGCGGGAGGGUCAGAAGAACAUGGAGGCCCGAUCAGAAGAGGGUCCGUUUGAAGAGGCCACCGUCCAACACCUCCCUCAGGAUGAAACCGUGGAGAUCGCCGUACGUCUGUCACCCCAGCAACUGGAUCAUGUGGCGCCGGUGCUGGAAGAGAUCAUCCACCAAAUAGCAGGAGAAAACCGGAAAGGUAUUCGGUUCUAACAGCCCUGCUUGAAGACUGAUCUCAAUCCUGACGUCUACUUGUCUUUGUUCCCUUCGAAGCCAAGUAAUGAGCCGGAGACAUGCAGGAAUCAUCUGAAGCGCUGAAUGUUUUCAUGUCUUGAUACAAAUCA